AGUCGUUGAUGCGUCGAUCAUCCUGCAAGACACAAAAAAAGAGGAGUAAAGGACGAGAAGUCUCCACUUCGGGGUGAUAAUUUAAUCAGUGAGCAUAUAGCUCUUUCAUCAUACGUCCCCUUAUUAAGUAAAGUAGCAGUGACGAUAAAAAUUUUCAUAUAUAAAAUUUUCCAUUUCGUCGCGGUAAUCCCAUGAGUAUAAAUUUUACUGUUUAGUGCUCAAAUGUAUAAUAUUUUGGAGGCGCCAGAGGUCUCCGUAUGAAUUUUUAACUGAAAAAAAAAAAUUCUAACAAUAUUGUGGCAUAAGACGAAUUUUAUGAUGAAAAUAUGCAGAUAAUUUGUGUGGUUGUAAUAAAAACGUGACUCUUGAGGUUCUCAAGGAGUUUAGCAAGAAGUGUGUAAACAUUUCUUUGGUGGUCUAUUGUAUAAAAAAAAGUGAGUGAUUAUAUAUUGGAAUAGAAGGACUUUGGAGAAGGAGAGAAAUUAUAAUUGUAAAAUAUCGAUUUUAUUGGUAAAUUGUUUGCUUUUGCGGUGGUGGCUGUAAUAUAUUGGUAAAAAUAGACAUAAUCAUCGAGUUCUUUUUAAUCGUGCUUCAAGAACUCACACAUUUCCCAAAGAUCCUUUUGGGACGUGGAGAAAAGUGUUUUACUUUCUUGCCAACUGUUUCUACGAUAGAGAUAGAGAGAUGGAUGAAAAUUUCUCUGAAGACUUCUACCUAAACCUCCCAAAUGAAAGCCUCAGCAACAUGGACCAAAUGUCUACGACGGACCAGCCAAAUAGCACAGAUGACUACACCCCCUAUUCCGAUAGACCCGAAACAUACAUUGUUCCUGUUGUAUUUUCAAUAAUUUUCGUUGUUGGCGUCCUCGGCAAUGGUACCUUGGUUGUGGUCUUCAUACGUCACAGAGCAAUGCGAAACAUUCCCAAUACCUACAUAUUUUCACUUGCCCUUGCGGAUCUUCUUGUAAUCCUCAUCUGUGUUCCACUCACCUCAAUAAUCUAUACAAUUGAAUCAUGGCCAUGGGGUGAGACACUUUGCCGUAUAUCGGAAUUUGCCAAAGACAUCUCCAUUGGGGUAUCUGUCUUCACCCUCACUGCACUCUCGGGUGAGAGGUACUGUGCCAUCGUCAAUCCACUGCGAAAGCUUCAGACGAAACCUCUCACCGUGUUUACGGCGGUCAUGAUUUGGAUUAUUGCCAUUGUCUUUUCCCUUCCGGUUGUCAUUAGGUCAACAGUUGUGGAGAGACCCUUGCCGAGGAAUAAAACAAUUCUCAUUUGUGAUCCCUUUGGUUCAGAUGAGGAUGGCUUUAGACAAACAUACAAAAAAUACGCUGUAAUUGGAAAAGCCGUGACCUAUUAUUUCCUUCCGUUGACAAUUAUUGGGAUUUUGUAUGCGUUAAUGGCGAGACGACUCCAUUUGAGUGCACGAGAAAUGCCUGCUCAGAGUCGCUCUCAGGCACGAGCACGGAGACAUGUGGCUCGAAUGGUGGUGACUUUUGUUAUUGUUUUCAUCGUGUGCUUCCUCCCACAUCACAUAUUCCAAAUGUGGUUCCAUUUGUACCCCUAUGCGGAGGAUGAGUACGACGAAGUAUGGCACGUCUUCAGGAUAAUUGGAUUCUGUUUUGGAUUCCUCAAUUCUUGUGCAAAUCCCGUGGCUCUGUAUUGUGUUUCCGGUGUCUUUCGUCAGUACUAUCAUCGCUAUCUGUGCUGCCGACGGUCUCCCUCAUCCCACCGUUCGGGGCAUUCAACAGCCACAGGUGUCUGUGAUACGAGCUUCACCUCAACCGUGCGUCGUGCUACAACGACUCACAUCCCACCUGCCGCCACAACACCCGGCACCCAACUCCCGGAAAAAGGAAACAACCAUUGGUAUGGGAACGGCAGUGAGUGCCCCCCAUCGCCCCAAUGCGUCCGCUCUAGGUCGCUGGGGAAGAGGUGAAAGCCAUCGCAUCGGGAAGCCAACUGCGGGAAAGCAGACAAAAGUGUAUUCCUCUAAGUUUGCACACAACUUACAAAUUCCAUCCACCUUCUAUAUAACCACCCCCAAUGGGAGACCCCAUCGACCAUUCCAAUAUCAUUUUCUCUCAUCCAGUUUCUCACUUCAUCUUCACACAUACCUACCUACAUAAAAUUCCUUGCUCACUCAAUCAUUGACGCUCACUCAAUCCACGUGGAGGGAAAGCUCAACAUCUACUCCUUCCUUUUGAGAAUUAAAAAAAAGUUACAAAAGAGAGUGCAAAGGAUCAAUGUAAUACAUAACUUACAUAACACAGUAAGUUGCACAAAAGUGUCUCAUUUUUUUUAAUAAUUAAUUCAAUACUUUCCAAUUUUUUUAAAAAUUAAUGUAGGAAAUCAUUAAAUUCGGACCAAGAUUUUAAUAAAUUACCUUAAAGUGUACGUAAUAAAAUUUAAUUGAUUAA